CGCUCAUGGGACCGUACGGGAUGGAUCGAACCGUGCAUUGCUUCGAUUUCUACGACUGUGCAAACGGGCUGGGUAUUAAGGUAAUCGGUGGCAUCAAGGAACUCACCAGAGAAGAAUACGGAGUUUACGUCAAGAGGAUCCUUCCAGGAGGUGUUGCUUACGCAGACGGGCGCCUGCAGCCAGGAGACCAGAUCCUGGAGGUCAAUGGAGAUUCCUUAAUUGGGGUUACAAGCGAGAGGGCCGUGGACAUCCUGAGGACGGCAUCAGCCACCAGCCACAUGCGUCUUCUUGUAGCCCGGGAUGACGAUGCCAGGAGAGAGUUCUCUGAGCUGCUGGAGAAGUUUGGCUCCCAAAGCAAUACGGGCUCGGCGCGGAGCUCGCCGAUCCUGCACGGUGGCAGUCGAUACCUGGAAAGUACAUCCUCGGGCUCCUCCUCUCAGAGCCCGCUCCUGCUGAGCCCGGCCAAUUCCCACAGCCCCUUCGUUGGGAACCCGGCGCACCCCUCUCACGCACACUACUCCAUUGACUCAGGAAUCCAGAGCAUUUCUAUAGCAAAAUCCUCCGGCUUAGGGCUGACAAUCAGUGGUGGAUCUAACAGGCCUGAUGGCCCCAUGAUUUAUGUUCAAGAGCUUGUGCCAGAUGGUGACUGUUACAAGGAUGGUCGGCUCCGACCUGGUGACCAACUAAUCGCUAUCAAUAAAGAUUCUUUGGUGGGCAGCACACAAGAAGAGGCCAGAAAAAUAAUUGCAAAAGCCAAAUUCAGGAAUACCCCUUAUCACUGCCCCCUGCAGACUUCUGCAACAGAACUGAAGUUCAAACAAGCAAUCCAGCUGGUGGAGAUCCAGCUACACUGGUGCAGGCUACAGGGGCUUAAAAUAGACGUGAAAAUCAUUUUCCUGUGCCUUCUUUGUCACCGGACAUUUGCCCACCAGAGCUUACUGUCUCAGUCGCUGGCGUUAGCAGUGGACAAAUACUCGGAUCAGGAGGAUUACGCUCAUGCGGCACCUCCACCGCUUCUUGCUGCCUUCUCCUUGCCCCCGGUCUCUGCCCCGACGGUCGAGGCGGCGCCCGCUUCGGCGUCUAAUCAUAAGGCAUCUUCAGGCACCAAACCAAAAGUAGCGCUGGAUCCUCAUAUCCGGCUCAAGGAUGGGAAACUGGAACUGGUUCUGCAGUAUCUUGGUCUGGAUGUGACCGAGGAGAAGAAGAGGCAGUUACGGCAAAGCUUGACCACAGACUCGCAGGGGACAGUGGCCUACGGAGAUCUUCUCCAAGCACUCAGGGAUCUGAUGCAAGAGGAGCUAGAUGAGGCUGGUCUGGAUUCCGGCUCCAUGCUCUUCACGCAGCACGAGGUGGCCAGUUUGCUGGAUACGUCGGCUUUCCACUCUCCGACCUUCGACGCUCUCAGCUGUAACGGCAACGAGGAGCUGGAGCAGCUGCAGCUGGAAGUGAUGGAUCUGCGGCAAGAAGUCCGAAGGCUCAAGUCUCUCCUGAAAGAGGUGGAGAACAGCAAGAAGUCAAUGGAAGACGAGCUUCAGAGACUGAACCAGAAAGCCCUGGGCUUCCUCUCCGAGAACCGGACGCUGCACAGCAAGCUGCAGGUGGCAGAGGUCGUGCAGAGACAGGCCCACAGCGCGGAGCAGGACUACGAGGAAGUGAUCCACUUGCUGGAAGCUGAAAUUGCAGAACUGAAGAUGCAGCUGGCGGGGAAGAAAGCAAAACACAUCUCUGAAAUAGAG